ACUUAAAAACGACAGAAGUAGGAAAGUGAAAGCUUUCGUCAAUAGGAAAACAUGCUUUCUUCUGUAGUACUUCUGUUUUAUGUUUGUAAUUAGUUUUGUUUCUAGCAAUGCAGUUUGUGAUAAUGAGAAAGGGGAUGGGGUAGCAUAUACUGUUUAAUUAUAUUUCCAUACCUCUAUUUUUUUUUUUAAAAAAAAAGCAAUCUUCGACUACUUUUCAACAAUGUGCUAUUUUCUUUCUUUUGUCAGUGAAGGGCUAAAUACAGGCUGUUUUAAACUAUUAAAAGAGAAACAGCAUUAUUUUCAUUGAAUGCGAUUAUUGAUUGUCUUACAUUACUCUGAAAGAAGAAAGAAAUUUGAGUCUUAUUGAUCUACAAUCUGUACUGUUGCUGUUUGAGCUGUUGCUUGAAUAAAGACUGUCAAGAACUUGAUGAUCCAUAAUGUCUGCUUGCCAAAUUGAAAGCCUAGGAAAUCGCAACAUUGUGGAGUUUAAAGGUCUUCUCACAUCUAAUGGACUCAUAAAGAGAGCAGUUUUGCAGUACAGAAAUCUGGACAUAAGUUUAGGCUGUUCACUUCGAAUAACAAAUGUUCAAACAAAGGAAGUUUACGACGAUGAUAAUGCAGUUAUACCAAAAAAUACCGCAAUUCGUAUUACACGUGUUCCUGUCGCGAGUGCGUUGAAGAGAAAUAGCCAAUAUUGUAUUGACAAGAAGAAGAUGUUGGAAGAUAAUGUGGAUCCCGAGAUUACUGAUGAUGUUCCCGAGGAAUUAUUGUGUAUUGCUUGCAACUCUCUUCUACAAGAUGCAGUUUUAGCUCCUUGCUGUGCAAAUAGUUUUUGUUAUGAGUGUGGUUAUCUAGCAUUUUCCAAUUCAGAGUGCCCAGUUUGUCAUGAUUUUGAGGUUACUAAUUCGGAUAAUCUAAUUCCAUGUCUGUAUUUACGAAAGGCUGUGCAAAGUUUCAAGUCUUCAAACCAAGAGUUUUCUGAACUAAGUUCUAAAUCUAAAUUGCCUGAAUUCAGAACUACUGUUGAAUUUUUUAAAGCAAUAGAAAAGACUCUUGAAACUGAGAAAAAGCCACUGGAUGUUAAAGAUUCCAUAAAAAGGGAUCCUACAACAGCUUUAAAGUUAGAUAAUAGCUGUCAAGAGUUUGGAAAUUCAAUAGCAGAUGAAUCUUCUUGUGAUGGGAUACAAUCUGGCAGGAAGAUUGAGACUAUUAUUACUUCAAGAUGUACAUAUGGACAAAGGCCAAUUCGAGAUUCCUAUUUUGAUGAUUAUUCUUAUUGUGAUACAUCUGAUGACAUUUCAUAUCUUGAAGCAGAACCAUUGCCACCAGGAGUAGAACCUUUGCCUUGCCAAAUUCCGACUUACUUGAGUUGUCGUUAUGAAGUGCAUGAUUCUGCAGUCACUUUUAACAUGAAUGAAAGGAGUAUCAAUUAUGAUUUGGAAACUUUGAAUCGUAAAAAAUAUGACAGAAACCAUUAUGGAGAGGAAUUACCUCGCAAUAAAAGUAGAAGCUCUGGUCAUCCUAGUUAUGAACACGUGUUGUCAUCUUCUUCUAAAUCUUUGUCUGACUCAACUAGUGAAAAAUCGCCAGAUUAUCCUACAAUUCUCCCUGGAAUAUCAAAAAUACAUUCACAUUCCGAUUAUCACUCUUCCACCAGCACAGAACACCGAUCUAGUCGGAGAUCAGCCAAACGAUCAAGAUCUUCCAAGUCUCGUCCACGAAAGAGAUCCUCUUCUUCCAGAAUAUGCUGGAAAUCUUCUAAUUCUGAUUCUCGAUCUUCUACCGACAAAGAGUCUCAAUCUAGGAAGAAGUCAACCAAGCGAACCAGGUGUCAUCUUGGAAGGAGAUCGUCUUCUCCCAAAGAACACUGUAGAUCUUCUCACAGGAGGGUUUCGUAUUCCAGAAAUCUCCCUUGUCUUUCUUCUGAUUCUGGAAAGUUCUUUCAUCCUCCCCAGGUUGUUGGUUCUGAUAAAGGAGACAUUGUUCAGAAAGAAGAGAUGUUCCGUAAGAAGCACAUAGGUGAAAAGGAAGUGCAUAUUGAACAAAAUAAGUCUUUGUAUCAGAAAAAGCCUCGUUUUGAAGCACAAUGCUCCAGCAUAUUCUCUAAGCCUAUUGAUACAAAAAUGUCUCUCGACAAUUUUGAACCAGAUUAUGAGCCGGAAGAUAUUGUCAUGAAGGCGUCUGAAAGAAGAAGUGUUUUCCAGGAACAUAGUGACAAAAGAAUAAAAUUGGAAGAAAAUGGAUGCUAUGUCAGCAAAAGAGUUUCUUGUAUCAAAUCUUCUCCAGAUGAAGAAUGUUCAAGUUCUGAUAAAGAAAAUGCUUAUAAAAUUAAAAAAUCAUGUCACAAAAAGCGUAAGAGUGUUCAUUUGAAGAAAAAAAGUCACAAAUCAAAAAGAGAAUGAAAAAAAAAUUGUACCUAUUUUGAUCUGUUGAAAUGAAUCUGUUUAAU